UAUAUUUUGAGCUGCCUAGGACUCUUCCUCUUUUUCAUCAUAGUUAGGAUAGUUGAGCUACCUGCUGGAAAAUUUACUGCUGCUCUCAGAGGAAACUGGAUCAGUGUGCGGCUUUGUCUGGCUCUUGGGCAGAAGUCGACUGAACAGGUAUUACUGAAAGGUAUUACUUAAGAUGGAUCCCAAGAAAAAGAACUUCUUGGACAACUUGCGAAUUAAAACUAAGUUGCCCAACCUGAAGAAACCAGGUAAGAAGGCACUUGCCAAGCAGGGGAGGCAACUGGCCCAUCGCCGCAGUAUUUCUGUACCAGACCUAAGGUUGCCAGGUGACGCAUUUUCUCCAGAGGGCAUCUGCAUGUCCACUGACUCUGAUUCCAUCUCCAUUGGCAUCUCUCCCCGUCUCAGUGAUACUGAUUCCCUUGCAAGUGUCUCAGUCAUUGAUGGACCAACAGACAAACUGAAUGAUUCAUUCCAAGAACCUACACUCAGGGUUCCUACAGAUCACACAGCUGCAGCUUUGAAUAGAAUAAGUUCUCCAGUACCGACAUCAACACUUUAUGAGGACCCUGAUAAUUUGAUAAGUUCAGGCUCUGGGAGCAAGGUGAACGUGGGUCGUGAUGCCUUGUAUGCACAAGUGGAUAAAAGAGGCAUUGUACCCCAAUUUACUUUUGACCCUAUUCCUUCACCAAGAUCUGUUUUUACCAAUGCAACACCAAGACCAGUGAGUCUCUCUGGUGAAGACACCCCAGCAGAGAGAGUGCUUUCAGGUACUCUUGCUGCAGCAUUGGCCAGAGCAAACUCAUUUGGAGACCAAAUGAACCCAUACAUAGAAAAGGAGACCACAUCAUCUGAACAGAGAAAGCCAUCAUUCGAAAAAGGGUCUCCACCAACAAUCAGAGAAACUGAACUUCCAAGUACAAAGCCUCUGACAUUAGAUACUCUGGGUGCUCCUUUGGAGGGUGCUGAUGGGAUUUCACCAGACUCUGCCUGUGGCACCCCCAGUGAGGAGCGGGUCUACAUGCCCUCGACAACAGACUCAGAGGAACAGGACCGGGAUCCAUGCUCUCCCUUUUUGAAAGAGUUCUGCAUGGAAGAGGCCCUGCUAGAAGAAGCCCAGAAUGAGGAGGCCCUGGAUGAAAUAGUAGAGAUGGCCGAUGAACAGGGUGACGUCUUUGAUGAAAAUGUGCGAGAUCCCUCAGACAACCCUCAGGCUGUGACAGCAGGGCCUGAUGCCCAAGUACCUCAGCCGUUCCAGAGAUACCUCCUGAGCAUCAACUUAAAGCAGGGAAGGAACCUAGUCAUCAGGGACAAGCGCUCCGGCACUAGUGAUCCUUAUGUGAAGUUCAAACUUGAAGGAAAACAGUUCUAUAAAAGCAAAGUGAUUUAUAAAAACCUGAACCCACGGUGGAAUGAGUCCUUCUCCCAUCCUCUGCGAGAUCGAGAGCAUAUUGUGGAAGUUCGAGUCUAUGAUAAAAAUCGAACCACCGACGAUUUCAUGGGUUCCAGCACUAUUCCCCUGAAAAAUCUUGAAUUGUACAAAACCUAUGAAAUGGAGUUGCGUCUUGAUGAUCCAAAAAGUAAAGAAGAUGACAUGGGAGUUAUUAUUGUGGAUGUCUGCUUAAUGUUUAGAGAUGCCACCAUCAAAAGAAGCCCUAGAUGGCCAGUGAAGAAGAAUAAGCAGAACCAGGCCGCACCAUCCCAGCGGCCAGCUGAAACUCAGAAGAAUCAGCUGAAGAACCAGAUGUGGACUGGGGUGCUCGGGAUCACCUUGGUGGAAGGACAGGACCUGCCGCAGUAUGGCCAUGGGGACAUUUACGUCCGCUUUCGCCUUGGUGAUCAGAAGUACAAGAGCAAGAACCUUUGCAUUCAGGCCAAUCCCCAGUGGAGAGAGCAGUUUGACUUCAAUCAGUUUGAAGAUAACCAGGAACCUCUGCAGGUAGAGGUGUACUCAAAGAGAGGGAGGAAGGGUGAGGAAUCAUGGGGGAUGUUUGAGAUUGACCUAUCGAGACUUUCAUUUAAUGAGAGGCAGCUCUACACUCAUGUGCUGGACCCAGGAAAGGGCAGGCUAGUGUUUCUGGUCACCCUGAGACCCUGCUGGGGAGUCUCCAUCUCUGACACUGACGGAGCUCCCCUGGAGAAGCCUGAUGAGAAAGGCUCAGUAGUGGAGAAAUUUAGCUUAAAGAACUCGCACAAAUGUGUGGGGGAGGUUGGCUUCCUUCAGGUCAAGGUUAUAAAGGGAAACGAUCUUUCCGCAACAGACCUCAAUGGAAAAAGCAACCCGUUAUGUGUUGUUGAGCUUGGUAACAGCAAACUUCAAACUCACACAGUCUACAAGACCCUCAAUCCAGAGUGGAACAAAGCCUUUACAUUCCCAAUUAAGGACAUUCAUGAUGUGGUAGAGUUGACUGUCCUUGAUGAAAAUGGAGACAAGACCCCAAACUUUCUGGGGAAAGUGGCCAUUCCAUUACUGAGUAUUCAGAAUGGACAGCAGAUAUGUCUCUUCUUGAAGAAGGAAGACUUGGGAAACGCAUCCAAAGGAACCAUCACACUGGUGCUGGAAGUUAUCUAUAAUAAAGUCAGGGCUGGUAUCAGAACCUUCCAGCCGAAGGAGACGAAAUUAGUGGAGGAAAACCUGAAGUUCUCCAAAAAGGUUCUUGCCCGGAAUAUAUAUCGGGUUAGAAAAAUCAGCACGGCAGUUCUGUACACGUUACAGUACAUUAAAAGCUGUUUUCAAUGGGAGAGCACGCAACGGAGUCUAAUAGCCUUUCUGAUCUUCCUUGUGACGGUGUGGCACUGGGAUCUCUUCAUGCUGCCCCUAUUCCUGCUUCUGCUUAUUGGCUGGAACUACUUCCAUCUCACUGCGGGGAAGGCCAACUCCAACCAGGACCUGGUGAACAUGAGCAUGGGUGACGACGAAGAGGAAGAUGAGAAGGAAUCUGGAAAAAGGGGUUUGAUGGAUAAGAUAUAUAUGGUGCAGGAAGUAGUGCUGGUUGUCCAGAAUGUUUUGGAAGAAAUCGCGAACAUCGGAGAGCGAAUCAAGAAUAUAUUCAACUGGUCUGUCCCCUUUUUGUCAUGCCUGGCCUUCUUGGUGCUGUUUGUGUCAACAGCGCUAUUGUAUUUUAUCCCACUGCGAUAUAUUGUGCUGAUAUGGGGCGUUAACAAAUUUACCAAGAAGCUGCGCAACCCAUAUGCUAUUGACAAUAAUGAAAUACUGGAUUUCCUCAAGAGGGUGCCUUCUGAUGUUGAAAAGGUGCAGUACAGCGCGCUGAGAGCGCCCACCAGCCAGCCACGGAAGAAAAGGUAGGCUCCGCGGACAUGCUAGAUGAAAGGCUGGUCUCCUUUUGAAUAUGGUACCACGCAGUCUACCUGACAACAGUGCUCCAGUGCUAGCAGAGCCCAUGACCCUGUGCACCCUACCAUACCACCCUAACUCUGCCCCCUGCUGCUGAGGGGCAGCCAGCCGCUCUCUGGCUUGUGUGUUUGCCACUCCCCUGACAGGGGCUGUGAACUGCAGCAGCUAGGAGGGCAGCACAUGGUGCUGUCAAUCACAAGCCUGGAGGUAAAGAAAAGAGAGCGCUGCAAGCCUCAGCCUUCAUCUUUGGAUAUAAUUUAGAAAAGGAAUGAAAAGCGUCAGGGUUUGGUUUACCUUAGACUUCCACCGUUAUGCCUUUUUUUGACUUUAGUGAAACUGAGAAAUUUGCCUGAAGGUAAAGUUAAUACUAAAGCUUAACAGUUUAUGGAAAAUAACUCACAGCAAUGCUUUUUUCUUUAUACUUGGCUUAAUGUAUGAAAAGGUUAUACAUAUUGCAGAAAUUUAAAUAAUCAGGGAUAAUAUAAUAAUAAUAAUAAUAAUAAUCAGAAUCAGAAUCAGAAUCUGUAUAUUUUGUUGUGCAUUUAACAUACUAGGACAGAGCACUGAUUUCUACUACCCUUGUUGUGGUAAGGAUUUAUUGUAUAUGAUAUAAUGCUGUCAGCUUUCUUAAUUUGAUUUCAGCAACAAAUAUAUAUUUAGGUACUGUAUGUGUAUUAUCUCUGGCUGACUUUAUUUUUUUAAGUAGAAGUUCUGCUCUUAUGUCGUGUUAGACUGAUUAUUUUGAGAGUUUAUCUUCACUCUGUAUCAUGUCUGCGUCAUCAAAUGGAGAAUUAGCAGGAAUCCUAAAUACAGUAUCUUGAUCAGUUUGA